AAAGGAAGCUUGUAUUACAUUAUAUCUGUUCCUUCGACCAGUUUACAGGAUGGGCCGCAAGUCAGGUUGGUUGCAUACAGCCUUAUACUUAAAGCAGUGUGCUUCCCACCUCCGAGUGGCAUAUGGUGGAACUUUUUGAUCGAUCCACCUCCUGUCCUGUAUCUGUGUCCCUCACACGGUGUGGUUAUCCCCGGAUUAUACCCUCUUACGCCCGUAAGAUAAUCUAUUCGGGCGGUGAGAGAGCUGAUCGACAGGUUCAGCUCCUUCUUACCUUCUUUUCCCUUUUCACUAUAGUGGAAAAGGCUAAGCGGAUAAAUAAGGAGACGUUCAAGUCGAUUAGAGAUCCGGUGGAGAAUAUCGAUCAGGUAAUUGAUUUUAUGUCACGGUUAAAACCGUCCAUAAGACCAUUACUUCUUCGGUAUGUCCCUGAGAUCCGCUCUUACCCUCUUGAACAGGGGUUUCGGUGGAUCCCUUCCUGGAAGGCUCUCCCGACUUAUCGGGCUAUUGACAGAUUGGUGCAGAUAUUUCCUGAGUUAGCUAAGUAUCGGAGAAUUCGUUCUCCUUUCCUUAUGCAGACUCUUGAAUUAGCUGCAUUUCGUUUCCUCAUUGAGUUUGUAAACUCUCGAGGUGAACAGUUCUGUCAAGGAGUGUUAUUUCCGACUCGAGUGCGUUUUGCAUUCGACAGGAAUAACAAGAUCUUCUCUGGGACUGACCUUGAUGAAUUUGAGAUGAAGGUUGGUCCCUACCUUCCUCCCUGGCACCCUGCAAUGGGGCCAGUGUGGACAGGCAGGUUGGCCAAUGUUGUGGAAGGAGGGGGCAAAAGGAGAGUAUUUGCUAUUGGUAAUUGGUGCAAUCAGAGAUUGUUGCAACCAGUCCAUGUUUGGUUAUCCAAGAUCUUAAAGUCUUUGGAAACCGAUGGGACUUUUAACCAAACAGCUCCUUUGUACCGGCUGAAGGGCUCCACCAAUACCUAUUGUUACGACUUAUCAGCGGCCACUGAUCGGUGGCCUUUGCUGGUUAUGUUCGAAACAAUGGAAGUACUGUUGGAUCGCUCUUUUGCAUCUGCUGCUGUGAACUCAUGUUUGGCUACAAACCUGUUUUAUAUAGGUAUUGUGCCUGAUGCCUCCCCAAAUGAGGAGAGGUCAUGGAUUUCAUUUGUAGCAGGUCAGCCUCUGGGUUAUUACUCCUCUUGGCCCUUAUUCGCCCUCACCCAUCACUUAGUGGUGUGGUGGUGUGCGGAGCAGGUAUAUCCUGGUCAGCGUUUUACUUCUUAUGCCCUCCUUGGUGAUGACAUAGUCAUUGCUAAUGAGGAUGUAGCACGUAAAUAUGCCGAGGUCCUCUCAGACCAGCAGGUUAAGAUAUCAAAGCAUAAAUCUUUGAUUUCUAAAUCUGGAGCCGUUGAGUUUGCUAAGAGAAUUAUGGUUAGAAAUGUCUCAGUUGACAUUUCACCUGCCACAACAAAAUCUGUGUUAGGUGCUCAUGUCAUUCUAGGACGCUUCUCUCUCAUACACCGCUGGCCGAAGAUUCGUUUCUCGACGUUUCGACGACUCGGUGGUGCAGGCUAUAAAACUUGUUCUCGUCUUCCUCCCAAUCUCCAUUCAGAGAGAGAGAAAUACGAAUGGUUAUUAUGGGAUCGGCUCCGGCAGCCAUCAUUUGAGUUUUCCUUGGGUGGUGGCGCACCUCUCUCCCCCUCUCAAUUCUGGUUUUCUGCUAGGUUCAUUGUAGACUCCCUAAAACCAAAAGGUUUACGGGGUCCUCCUUCUGACUUGUUUGUGUCAGAGGAGCAAUGUACUUUUCAGGAAUACACGAGUUUGAGGGGCUUUGUGAGAGAGUGGUUGGCGUACCAGCAGUGGUGGUUUUGGUAUUAUCGGUUGGUUAAUAACCAUCUGGAUUACCGCAACCCCGAAGUAAAAUGUAAGAUUAACAGGUUGUCCCUUCAGGAUAUCCUCGCUGCUCCAAUUUGUCAGUUUAGUUGGAAAGUGAAACGGUUGGACAAUCAAGUCCUCCUAUCACGAUUCAAUUUGCUGCACAAGCUGAAGCAGAUUUUGGAUACCCUUCCGGUAGUACGAGAGCUACCGGUUGGUCGGGUUCCCCCUCCACCCUUUGUGGUGGUUGAAGGAAUCUCUUACCUGACAGGACCAUUAUGUGAUAACAUGUUUCUUGUGACUUGUGAGGGUCUGAUUAACCCUCACAGGGGCUACUCAAAUUGGGUGUAGUUCGGGAUCAACCUGAGCACCUCCAGUCUUGGGUAGUCAUCUAUUCAGACUAGAGUAGAGGGAAAAGACCUACUCUUUACUUUAGCACCCCGAAGAGUUCCAUUUCAUCGUAAUUUUUUAUCAUACUAAUUUCUACUCUACCUUCCCCGAGUUCACAACUCCAUUUAAUUUAAAGCAUUCCGGGGGAUUCCUGCUGAGAAAGAAUAUUGUUGCAAAUCAUAUAAAGACCGUUCUUAUUUGAUAUAGCUAUUUGCGCAAGUAUUUUACGAUUAAGAAGCCAUUUUUUUUUGUACAGAUUGUGUAUCAGAUUGUUAUAACUAUAGGAUACUCCCAUGUCGCGAAUUACUGCAUUUACUCGGGUGAUCCAUAAACGAC